AUGUUAUUAUUAUCCUAACACUACUCUACAUAAAUAGAAGAAUUAGAAAAUAUGAAGGCAUCAAUUCAAGGGUAAUCUUCACGUUCUAGAAAUAUUUCAAAUGAAAGACCAUAAACUUAUUAAAGAUAAUUACAGUUUUCAAUUGAAAAUUCAAGAAAUAGAAAUAAAGCACAAUCAUAUUCUGUUGAAAAAUAAGUAAAAAAUUAAGAAUAUUAUAUUUAGUUGAAUUUAAGUUCAUAAAACUAAAAGGUAGAAAAUUUGGUUGCUACUUGGAUGCAUUAAAAAAAUAAUUCAUAAUCUUUACAUUCAAGUUAGAAUGUUGUUGUAUCUUGUAAGUUAAUUAAUGAUGUGCAUUCAGAUUAAUAAUUAGACAAUCAAAUCAAGGAAUUCAAUAAACCUAAUAUCAUCGUUGAGGAAGACGUUUUGUUCACAGAAGAAGCUGAGAAUUAACCUUAUAUUUAAAACAAUAAAACCAAUCAUGUUUCAACUCCUGUCCACUUGAUUGUUCCUACUAAGACUAACAAAGAUUUAUGUAUUAAAUUCUUAAUGAAGAAAGCCAAGAUACGAAGAAAAUUAACAAGGGAAAAAAAUAAAAUACUAUUAAUUGCCAAAGACCAUACACUACAAAAAUUAAUCAAGGUAAUUAGGCUAAAUCCUCACCUCUUGUUUUUAAAGAAUAAUCCUUACAGAAUCCUAUGAAAACAUCGUAGAUUGAUUAAGCCAAACUCAAUCAUCAAUUCAAUGGAAUAAAUAAUUCAAAUCAAAAAAAUAAAUAAUAUUCUUCUAAAUUAGUCAAAAAGAGUAGCAUUAGUAUCCAUGAAGAAAAUCUAUAAGAAAAUUAAUUCAUCUCUGAAUUAUUAAGAUUAAAAGAGUAGAUUUUAUCAACAUACUUAAAAUAAAAUAGAGCACUUAUAGGUUCUUAAAAUUAAAUUGUUAAGUAUAUCAGUGUAAUAAAAUUAGAAAUUUUGAUGAAAUUGUAUCAAUUAUAAAGUAGGAUUACCCAAAAUGA